GUGGCUGCUGGCGACAACAUGCUGUGGCGCAGGCUGGUACUGGCUGUUUUUGAGGACAAGACAAAGCAGCUGGACACGGCCCACUCGCCGCGACACAAUCCGUUCUUCUGGCGUGACAUCUACGUGGCAAACUUGGGCUCCGUCCUACAUCGCCUCCGUCAGCUCUCCUGGUCGGCGUCGUCGUUCUGGGCGGUCGUUGCCUUGCCCGACUCCACCGCCCGCAUUCUGCGUCGAUCGCCCAUGGCCUCGUUGGACGAGGUUGUGGCUGCGCUGGCCGCGGCCAAUGCUAACGCUCGUGUCGCGCGGCUGGCUCAUGCCGCGCUCGUCAGCCACGCCGACGGGCCGUCGAGUGCUGAUGCCGCUACGGGAGCCCGCUCGCUGCAUGUCGCUCGUGUCUCGCCCAUCAUUCCGCCGCUCGACGAGCUCGCCCAUGCCGCUGCCCACUCGGCGAUUGGCACCAUCUACUCGCGCGACAUGAUGAUCUUUGCCCAGGCCGCAUUCUCGCGCUUUGAGCGGACAACAAGCAUGCCGCUCGACGCGCUCCCGCCCGCCAUCGCGCCGGUGACUGCCUGGGGCGAGCCGCCGGUGGCGGUGCCCGAAUCGAACUCGACUGUCGUUGUCCGCGAGCACUUUGCAGUUGCCGCGCCGUUCCCGGCCGAGACUUCGGCCGCGCUGGAGCGGCAAGUCGCGUCGGCCUCUGCCGAGCUCAUCGACGCCAUCGACACCAUGCUUGCCGCCAUGCGGAAGCGCAAUGCCGAGUUGCAGGUCUGCAUCAACUGGUACCACCCAGAUAGUCGAUGCGUCCGGCCCGAUGGUAUUGCGGCCAUGCUGCAGGGCCACGUGGCGCCAAUGGAAGACACUGCUGUGUCGCACCGCCUCUCGCACGUUAUCUCCAGCCUCGUCUCGGUCUACAUCCAGGCCGGGCCGGGCAUGAUCAGCGAGGCCAUCCGAAGCGCCGGCGCCAUCGGCCACCCAGCGUUUGCGCAAUGGGCCCUCGACUUUAACAUUGCGCUCGUCACCCAGCGCUCACUUCUCGAGCAGGCGCUCGCCGUCCAUGACCUGGUCAUCACCAUGGAUCUCCGCCCGCUCCACGUCAUGCUCCGGGAGCAGCUCACCGCCUGCUCGGACAUUAUCGACAGCUGGCUCAUCGACGCCAUUCCUGUCCCGGACGACGUCCUCACCUCGCUGGAUGCUUCGGCCAUGUCGCUUCUGUCUACUCUAGACAGCGAUGGCGGUGAUGGCGGCGUCGAUGAUGGUGGUGAUGAUGGUGGCGGCGGCGAUGAUGACGGUGAUGGUGGCGGCGUUCGUGUCGGGACCGACGGGGCGCUGGUGGCGGCGGCGCCCGACGGGAGCCUGUGCCUCUCGGCGACCCACGACCCUGCUGCCGACGCCAUCACCCUCACCCUCACGACAUCAGACAUGGGCGCCACAUGCCCGGUCUCAUGGACACCAGACUUGGAGAGUGUGCCCACUGCUCUGGCCUUCCUUAGACUCCCAGCCUUUCCGGCCCUGCAGUUAGUUGCCCUGCUCGGCGACGCUGCCGGUGCCGUCCACGUCCUCGUUCCAGAGCCGAACAAUGCGCUCUCGCCGUGGGUCCUAGCGCUCUCGAUUCCGCCGCACAAGGACGCCGCAUCGCCUGUGGUCAAGAUCUGCGUUGUCCCGACCGGCUUUGGAUCGCUUCCGCCUGCCGGCGACGCACCCGGAGGUUCCGAAAAGGCUGGCGACGAGCUUGCCUUUCUCGUGCUCCAUGCCCGGCGUACCGGCUUUGUCGUCCUCCGGGCCUCGAUGCACGACGCGUUGACUCACUGGCUCGGCCUCCCACACGGCUCUCCGCCAUUCCAGUCGAUGUACGACCAAUGGCUCAAGUUUGGCAAGCAUGUCGAGGUCGCCGACCUGGCCAUGUGCGGCCGGUUCCCACCGCUUCUGGACUCGGCCCGCCACGCUGGCGCUGCUGCCGGGAACAGGUUUGGCCUGCCGUGGACGACGCGGCUUGUUGCCGUUGGCUCCGGCCCGAUGAUUGCAGCCUACGAGCUCGACGCCCGCGCCUCGAUGCUCUCCGAGACUAUUGCCUACGCGUCUGAUGUGGCGUCCAAGGUUACCACCGCCAUCUUUUCGAUGGCCAAGUCGUGGUUCUCGCGCAACGUAGUGCCUGGCGGCGCAGAGCCCGGCCCGAGUGCUGUGGCACCGCUGGCGCGUCCCGGCGUGCGCUCAAGCACAGCUGCCGACGCCGCGCGCGCCAAGCCGGCCAAGCUGCCGCAGCUCGCAUACAUUGCCGAUGCCGAGCGACGGGUGUGUCUGAUCGUGCCUGCGCCGCGCGGGGCCAUUGCGGCUCUCGCUGAUGGUUUUGGCCGAGUUCUUCUGCUUGAUACCUCAAACCUGACCAUUGUUCGGAUAUGGAAGGGCUAUCGCGAUGCGCAACUUGGUUGGCUACAGCCCGAGAGCUCGCGGGUUCUUGCGCUUGUCAUCUACGCACCGAAGCGUGGCCUGCUCGAGAUUUGGCGGAUGCGUCACGGCGAGCGGCUUGUCGCCCGCAAGGUGGCCUCCAACGGCGUGCUGGUUCAGGCACCGUCGGCGCCAUUCGCGCCGGCCCCACUCUGGCUCAUUGACCCGUCUGGCAAGCGCGAUGAGGUCUGCCUCGCGCUCUCGGAAGAGUCGGAAGUCGUGGCAUCAACCCGAAAGGAGAAACACUACGUCUCGGCCUUUCUUUCGGCUCUUGCUGGGCCACGGACCCGGCCGGAUCUCGGCCGGCUCCCGCACCCGUCGCUCGAGGCGACCAAGCACGAACUCGUGCAGCUGUUGCAGCAUGUCAAUACGCCGGCGUACGUUGACCGCAUUGUCGACGCCAUGCUCCAUGCGCUCCCUCCGGGUGUCCAGAUCAAGCUCCUCGCCACGCUGCUGGGCAACCUGCGUGCGGAUGGUCUCCGGGCAGACGGCGCCCGCGAUGCAGAGACGGCAGCAGCCUAUGUGAGCCAGCCGCUCUUCAGGCGGUUAGUAGGCCGGUCGCAUAUGCUUGCCUUUUUCGAUGCUUGGCUCCGGUUGUGGGGAGCAGAGGCGCGCACGUCGCCGGCGUUCUUUUCGCUCGCGCCCACUGAUGCCUUGCUUGCUGCGAGGUCCAAGUUCGUGCUCCCGCACUCGUCGCGGGCAGCGGCCAUGUACGACGAGUUCUGGACUCCAGAACGGCGGGAGGCCCACGGGCAGGUCCCGCUUUGCGACGGUCUGGUGGCCUUUGCCGCCGCCGCGGUCGACACGCUGCCGCCACCGCCGGUCUCGCUGGCCAGCCGUCACGCGGAGCCGCUGGCGGUUGACACGCCCGAGUGGCCGCCUUCGAUUGCCUCGGCGUCGCUCGAGCUCGAGCUCCACGAUCCGGACGCUAUGCUUGAUGCUGCGCUCGCGCUGCUGCGGCCUGUUGCACGCGACGAAGUGUCUGAGGAUGUGCCGGCGGUGUUUGAACUCACCGCCGACGCACACGAGGAAAGCUCCCGGGCGCAGCUGGUGGCACUCUCCUGGCUCACGUUUGGGCUGGUGGUGGCGCAGCCAGGUGGAGCUAGGGCAGUGAGCAAGCUCGCAUCACGGUCGCUGGCGCCCGAAGCCUUUGGCGUGCUGCUGGUCACGUUCUGGACCAGUUUACCGCUGCGAAUGGCGGUAGGCCGGUCGGUCAUGACGGCUGCGUGGCAUGUAGUGGCAGGCGCGUACGCGAGCGAUCCGGCGCGGCGUGCCGCGUUUCUUGCUGUUCUUCACGGGCGCAUUCACGAGUGCCAGCUGCUCGGACAUGUGCUGGUUCUUGUGGAGGCGGUGAUGUCGGCCCGAGACGAGGGCGACGACGCCCAAGGCGGCGAGGCGGCGGGCGACGAUGUGGGCGAGGGCGCACGCGAGACGAUUGCCCGCGAUCGCGAGCUGCUGCGGUGUGUGUGGCACCUGUGGCGGUCGAUGCUUGCGCUGGAACCACCGCGCUCGGCAACGUCGGCGUCAGAGUUCUGGGAUGCGCUCGGCGCGGAGGACACGCUCGGCGAGCUCUCCCUCUCUGCGCUGAGCGGUGAGCAGAGCACCAACAUCCACGGGCUGCUCGCGCUGCGAAUGCUCAUGUACUCACAGUCGAGUAAGGUAGCAGGCUCGCUCGACAACAUGGUGGCCGACGCAGUGAGCGGAAACGAAUCCGGGGCCGGACUGGCGGGCAACACUACACUGUUUCAGGAUGAGCGACUGGCGAGCAUGACGGCGGUGCUUGCUACGGUGGCGUACACGCCCGGGCUCGGGCUCCAACCCUCGUGGCUCCCGGUGUACCGUGCGCUGGCGUUAGGCCGGGCGUGGUUGGCGUCGACCGGAACCGGUCGUAUGGAGUGGUUGGUGCAAGCGCUGGCGCACUUGCGCGAGGGCGCCAGCUCUGCGCGCCAGCGAGUCUUUGGCCUCCUUGCACUCUACGACGAGUGCAUGGCCGACCGGGCGCGGGCGAUGCUUGACACGAUCCAGGGCGCGGGCAAGGCACCCAAGAUGCGGGUGCUAGCAGCGGCGCUGAGCAUGGCACCCGAGGCGGUGCCGCUGUUUGGUUCGAGCCUCGUCCAGCUGUUCUCAACCCUCACGGAAGCGCUCGAGGCCGAUACCGGAGGCCGUUGUGCUGCCAGCGAGAGGCAUGUGCCUGCGGCACAUGUGGAGACGUGGGCGCGAGUUGCUGCCGCAGCAGGCGCGGCAGACGAUGACUCGCUUGCUGCGUGUGUUCGCUGUCAUCUGGUGCUGAGCCAGGUGCUGCACCUUGUGAUUGACGGGCGCAUGUCGGCCAUCAAGCCGCUGAGUCUCUUUGCUCCGGAGCAGGGAGAGAGGUUCUUUACGGCGCUCCGCGGCUCGGCAGGCCUUAGCAGCGCCGGAGUCAGCUGGGAGCUGAGCCGCGGGAAAAGCUACGGGCCGAUGGACAAGGACCGGAUGUGGUUUGUGUCGCGGUCUGUUGUGCGGGCGACUGAGGUGGCCAUGCAGCUUGCAGGCGCGUUUGGGCUGGAGCUAGACGCGGUGCGGCGGGCGUACGCGGUGCGGCUGUAUGAGCAAGGCGAUGACGUGCGCGGCGCUGAAGUUGUGGCGCAGGUCCGUGACAGCACGACGAUGGGGGCACUGCUUGUGUCUGUGGCACGAAAGCGGCUCGCGGCCAUCCUGGCCCAGCUCAAAGUGAGCUCGCGGGCAGGGUACGCGGAGGCGCUGACCACGAUCUCGCCCGAGACAGUAGCGGAGCUCGAGCCGUGGGCGCCGGGCUCUGCGAAGAGUCGCGAGGCGCUGGCGCGACAGCCUGUGGGGCAGACGAUUGAGCUCCUCGAAUCGGCCUCGCAUCUGCUGGCGGGCGCGUCGGGGAGCGUGAACAGCGAGCACGAGAUGCACAUCGCGCCGCUGCUAGAGGCGGCGCAACGGCUGCGGAGUUUCCAGAACGCUGUGUCGCGGUAA